AUGGAUAUGGAGCAUGUGGAUAACCUCAACUUUCUAGUCUUUUUGGGUGCCCAGGGAAAGGAAUAUAUCGACGUGAUUCGAGAUAUGUUUCCUAAGCAUUUUGAUCCGUUGGUGUUUGUCUCUCUGAACAUCGAUAGCCGCUUUACCGAGAACCCAUACUUCCAUUGUCUGGAUACAGAGACGUGCAAGGAGCUUGCUCGAUACUUUGAGAUCAUGGAUCCGCUUGGAGGCGGUAAUUAUCCGCUUAACUAUCUUAUUGUCAUUGACUCUGACCUGGUUGUCAGAUGCAAGCUUCCCAUUCGCAUCGGUUCACACUAUUGCCCACACCAGAAGUUUGGCGUGAGUCUACCUCAGCUUAAAGGUUUGAUUGACGAGUUUUUGGACUUCUUUAUGGAGCACAGUAUCACCAUAAUUAUGUAA